GCCCGCCAUAACUUCACUGUACACAUACCAGCAGGACUCUGCUCUGACGGCUGCUCUCACCUGAUGAACACAACGCCGGCGGAGACUGAUCAUGACUCAGCAGGAGCAGCAGGACUUCACGGAGAGCCUGGAAGCAGCCCUCUCUUGGAUGCGGGUCAUCCAGGAGAGGCUAAAGGCUAAUGACAACACCCAGGGGCCCCGGGAUGCUCUGGAGGCCAGACUCAGGGAGACUGAGAAAAUCCAUCAGUCGGAGCACGAUGGUCGGGUGAAGAUGGACAUGGCUCUGGUGGCAGCAGACAACCUGCUGCAGAGCGGAGAUGAAGAGCUGAAGAACCACACCCACACUGAACUCAAAAAGCUAAAGACCCUGUGGGAGGAGACCUGCACCUACAUCGUCCACUGCCACAGUCGGAUAGAGUGGGUGUGGCUUCAUUGGAGCGAGUACAUGAAGGCCUAUGAGGAGUUUGAGCUGUGGCUGACGAGGCAGCAGCGCAGCCUGGAUGUUGGUGUUGAACUGCAGCUGGGCUUGAAGGAGAAGCUGUGGCAGGUGGAUCAGCAGAGGGUGGUGGUGAGCGACAUCCAGGGCCAGGCAGCGCUGCUGGAGAGGCUGCUGGAUGAAGCUGCUGCACUGUACAACAGAACCCAGGACCCUAGUGUGGAGCCCCAAGCCCAGGAGACACUGCAGGAGGCCUACAAUGACAUCAGAGACAGGGCGGAGGAGCGUCUGACGCUGCUUCAGAAGAUGGCUGAGGAGCACCAGACGUACCAAGGCUGCGUUCAGAGGUUCCAGUCCUGGCUGCUGUCAAAAACCAAGGAGCUGAUGGAUCUGAUGGACAGGGAGGAUACAGCUGAGAACAAGCUCAAAGCCUUACAAGUGCUGGAUGACAGCGUAGCCAGCGAGGAGAAAACCCUGCAGCACAUCGAGGGUUUGUCAGAAGCUGUGAGGGCUAACACCUCUCCUGCAGGGGCGGAGGUGGUGGUGGAGGAGGCUGAGGAGCUGAGGCUGGGCUGGCAGAGACUCAGGCAGGGCCUGUGUGAGGCCGAGGAGGGCCUGCGCUCCAACCUGGACUCACACAGUCAGUACAUGACCCGCUGCCAGCGGCUUGGAGACGACAUUGGACGAAUCAGGAUGAUGCUGCAGGGGCUGGACCAUGAACUGGUGGGGGGUCAUGAGGGCGGAGACCACGCUGACCGCACUGCGGACCAGAUAAUUGGCCAAUGGAGGACAUACACAGGUGUGAGGAAUACUCUGGCAGGGGAGGAGUCCCAAGUGGAGCACCUCAAAGCUCAACUCAAGGAGCUCUUCAGGUUCCCGCAGGAUUCACACCACCUGUCUGAUGAUGUCCUGGCUGUUGUCAAAGAACAUCAGAGUGUGAAAUGCAGAGCGACCAGGCUGUGUUCAGAGUCAGAGUCCGGCCUGAGAAACAUCUUCCAGGACCCGCUGCUGGUCUACGCUCAGUGGAGCCACAUGGUCUCUCAGGUUUUGGAAGCUUCUGCUGACGUAAGCGACUUCUCCCACAUCGCCAUGAUGGUCCAGAACAUCGAGCGUCUGCUGAAGGACAGCGUCCAUCUACAGGAGCGUUUCAGUCAGCUGCAGGUGAAGAGAGACCUGCUGGAAUCUGUGUUUGGUCCUGAGUGGUCUGAUGGUCUGCAGGGUGAGCUCAGUGCUGCCAUGAGGAACAGAGAGCUGCUGCACAGUCAGCUGCUGCAGAGGAAGAGCAGACUGCAGGGAUUAAUCUCAAGAACCAAGGACUUUGGUGACGCUUUCAGGUCCAUUCACUCUAAGCUGGCCAGUCUCAGAGACAGACUGGUGGCAGCUGAUGGUCGUCAGCCUGACAUCCUGGCCAAGAAAAGCCAAUCAGACCAGUUCAGGGUGAUCCACAAGGACCUGGAGGACAGUGAGGCUCACAUCAUGGCUCUGGAGACUCUGGUGUCCAACAGUCAGAACAACAGGACUCAGUUUGAGAAGCUCUAUGCUGACUGGAAAUGUCUUCACAAGGCAGUCAGGGUGAAGAUGCUUGAAAGUGAGGACGGCAUCGCAGAGCACGAAAGCUUCCAUGACAGCCUGCUGAACGUAGAGAAGUGGCUCAUGAUCAUGAAGCAGAAGCUGGAGUCCUUCUACAGCCCCGCCGGAGGAUGGAGCAUAGAGGGCCGCAAGCAUGAAGCUCAGAGAGCACUGGGAGAGUUUCCACAGAAGGAGCUUCAGUUGCAACAGAUGGAUGUGCAGGGUCAGGAGGUUCUGAAGAGGACUUCAGAAGAAGGAAGAGUCCACAUUAUCAGAGACAUGCAGCGUCUUCAAGAGUCCUGGUUGGCCUUGUACAACAUGAGUCUCAAUCUGCACAGGCUGCUGAAUAGCUCCACAGAGCAGACAGAGCUCAGUGUGGGGGGGGCAGACAGUCAGAGCAGAGAAGGAGGCUCUAAGAUCCAGAGAGGCCAAGAAAGAUCAGGCAGGGAUGGAAGCCUGGGGGGAGACACAGGGGAGGGGGGUGAGUGGAUCCAGGGACAUGCUGACGAACAUGAAGAAGAACACCUCAACACGUCAAGAACAGACAGGGACAGUGAGCGCCCCCCUGCAGGAGAGGAAGAAGACACCUCUGCAUGGAGCGCUCACAACAGAGCAGUCCAGAGAGUUUCCAGAGAGUCCACCACCGAUGGAAGUCCUCACAGUGACAAGUCAACAGGGGGUGACAGCAGCAUGUCGGGCACAGCCAGGGGACAUAAAGCAGUAACCACACAGGUGAACUAUGGUGGGGGGGGCGCAGUUAGCUCUGGAGAAGGCAGCGUGGAGGCAGGAGAGAGCCUGAGCCAGGGAGGAGGAGCGUUCGUGCUGUUCAGAAGAGAUCCAGCCUGGCAGCCAGCCACAGCACCAAGUCAAGACACAAGGGGAAGCACGGGGCAGUAUGAGUCCAGGAGGAGGGAGUUUGAGGCCUGGCUGUGCAGAGAGAAUGAACACCUCUCAGAGAUCCUCAGGUCCAAUGGAGCCACACUCAGUGACACAGAAGUCAAGAUGCGACAGAAGAAGCUCAAUGGUCUGAGGGCUGGUGUGAACUGGGGUCAGGAGCAGUUCCAGCUUCUGCUCCAGGAGGGUCAGGGCAGUGAAGCUGCUUCUGGACCAGCAGAUGAUGUGGGUCUGGAGGAACUUCGUUACCGCUGGAUGCUCUAUAAAUCCAAGCUGAAGGACGUAGGAGACAUCAGAGUCAGGGCCAGUGCCAAGAGACUCCAAGCCAAAGAGGAUGAGCCAGCAGCUGUCGCAACAAAAGUGCAAAAGAAGCCUGGGUUGCUGCAUCGGGUGUGUCGGCUGGCUCUUCCUCUGUGGCUGCUCCUGCUAGCUCUGCUGCUGCUGGCCUUCCUGCUGCCCCUCAUGGAUGAAGGCAGCAGCUGCUCCCUCUCCAACAACUUCGCCCGGUCUUUCAACAUUAUGCUCCGCUACGACGGACCACCGCCCACAUAGGAAACUUCUCUUUGGACGGCACCAGAUACAGUAACAUCUGAUCUCACUCCCUACAGCUACGUGCUAUGUAUAUAAUGGGAAUGGCUUAUGGUCCAUUAUAAGAAAUAUUACCUGGACUUCAUAAGAUGUCACAUUCCCCUGCCCCUGGACCAUCAUGUGUGACUAUAGCACAUGAAAAGUUCAAUCUUAAGGCUGUGCCACAUUAAACUCAUCAAUGUUUCUUUGCCAUGUUAACUUUGCUAAUAACAACCGGAAAUGGCUUUAAUUUUUGGAUGGAACACCACCUUUUAAGAAACAACAAUCUAGCAAAGCAUGCACAUCUGCAUACAUCAAAUUCCACAUUUCCCCCCCUCCUCACUCUGGACUACAUCAAAUAUCAGCCCCAACUUCAGUAUCAUGAUCUCUAUGCUAUGUCAGACUACCUAUCAUGAAGGAUCCAUAAGGCUCCAGUAGGAUUACAAAUCCAACGCUCAUUCUGAGAUUUUUAAAUUACUUUCUUUUACUCAUCUUAACUUAUUUUAAUGUAUAACGAGAAACACCUCAGCUCUUCACAACUCUGUACAGCUCCUCUGACUCAUAAUUAGGCCUAAAUUCCAUUGGGUAGAACUUAAAAUGAAAUCUAUGUAAACUUGAGGAAACAAAUGGAAAGCUUGUUCAAAAGCUCAAAGUCCUUAUUUAGUUGAGUGGAAUUCACCCUCACUGUUGGCUGUUAGAUUUAUAUCACACAGUGCAUGGAAUGAGACAUGAUACCUGCAAGACAGCAAAUAAGAUUAAACAAAGCCAAAGUCAAUGAAGGUCCAUGGAUAGAAGAUCCAAACCAAAGACUACAGCAGCAGGACUGGACAUGAUUCACAAGCUAAAGCUGCAUUUCUGUUCUGCUCCAGUUGUAUCCUCUGAUAGUAUUAUGCCAGCAACUGAUUCCUACUCACAACCUCCAAGUGUUCCAGUGGGUCCAGGUUAGAAAAACCAGUGCUCAUCAUAUGUAGCAAAAUGAAAUAGUUUGCAAAGAACCACAAAGUGCAACUUCUUAAAUUUUAAAUUAUGUUUUUAAUCUUUCUUUUUAAGAUUUUAAGGUCAAGGAAUUAACAUGCAUGUUCUUAAUGUUACAAAAUCAAGAAGGACUGUCAAUGCUAAUUCUUUUGUUGUGAUUAGAACUGCACACACUCACUCUCUCCACACACAAUCCUGAACAGAGAAACUUGUAUUUUCCUUGUCACAAUGUUGACCUUGAUGAAUGUACUUUGAAUUAAUUUGUCGACACAGCUGGCAGUCACACAGCAUUAAAGCCCCAGUGGUGUACAGUACUGUGGCCCUGAUAUGAAUGUAGACUGUAGGCUCCAGUCAAAAGAAGCCCAAUCAAAGCCAAGAACCUGCCCCAGUUGUCAUAAAAGUAGCCCAAUUACAUUUUUAGUCUUUUUGGUGUAUCAGUCCUGUCACCUCUGUUUAAUUAAACAGUAACCACAGUUACAAAGCUAUUCAAAAUCACAUGGAAUUCUUUUAGAUAGUUUUACAUUAUACAUUAAAAUUGUUUUAUUUUAACAGAUGUUACAAGUGUUUUAUGUCAAUGUCAUUUUGAAUGAUGUGUUCUUAUUUCUAAAACAGAACUUAAAGUUUACCUUCAGCUCUCUGUGGUGGGUUCAGACUGUAGGGAGGCAGUGUGUUCCACAUUAAUGAACACAGCCAGAGAGAGAGAGGAACAGACAUUUAAUAGAUUUCAUUUGAAAAGAAACCAAACACGGCUGGAAACUUUAUGCAUACUAAAACAGCCCGGACUCCAUCACAGGCUCAGUACUUUGUAGGAACCUGUUGGGACUGAGUCGGGUAUUAAAACACAACCUGUGACAAUACAAACUAUGAGCUAUACUUCCCAACAAGAAUGACCAUUAAAAUCUCUACUGAUUUAUUGUAAAGCAUCAAUCCCAACAAUGGAUGCAGCUGUUCUGCUUAUUUGUAGGUGUGGCAGUCUUACAGUCAUUGAUCAUGUUGCUCACAGUGUGGAGAUAAAUGCUUCAGUGACAAUUUAGUCUGAGCAUUACACAUGAAGAAUCAGAAGCACAUGAUAUCUUUCUGAUCACUGUCCAAUCAACUGGUGUGUUUAUGUGUACUUGUAUGGCUAUCAUUGUGAGUACCUAUUUUUAUGCCUGUGAAGUGAGGACAUUUUGGAUGGUCCUUACUUCCUGACACAGCUUUAGUGAGUUGUGUGAGGGUUCACAUUUGGUGUAGGUUAAGUUGCUGGUUAGGCAUUUAGUUGUAAUGGUUAAGGUAAUGGUUAGGGGCUAGAAAAUGUAUUAUGUCAAUGAAUGUCCUCACUAUGAUAGCUAUACAAACGUGUGUGUGUUUGAUAGAUAGAUCAUUUGAAACAGUACUUUAUGAAAACUGCAUUUACUGCUCUGAAUUAUAAAUGAGAAGGAUGUUUUCAAUAUGUGUUCUAUAUAUGCAGACUGUCCUUUGCAGCACCAAAAGACCUUUUUAGUUUAACUGAAGUGUACAUGUACAUUCAGAUGUUUUGUCUGAGUUUUUAAACCUUUACUUUUUGUUCUGUUAUCACUGAUGUCAUGACAGCUACAGUAUUCUGUAAUUAUGUGUUGAUGAUGUAGUGUACUGUAGGUCUACUCAUGUGUCAGUACAGUUAAAGCAGUCCUUUGUUCUUUCUGCGUACCUUUUUUUAAACUGUACAACCGUCUCACGAGAGCAGGUCCAGCUGCUUUUUCUUAUAUGAAGGUGCUAUUUUGGCUCGAGCACCACAAUUAGAAAGCCGUCCAGCGUGGCCCCUGACGGCUUCUUGGACCGCAGCGUGCUCCUGAUGCCAAUGCCCAAACUGUAAAACUUGAAAACCAUUGCUAAGUCUGGCCAAACACCUUUUUUUUUGUGCAAGCCUCAAAAUGACUUUGAGGCUUUUAACAAAGUAACUGUUUUUUUAAUCCUGCAUUCUCUCACAUUGUUACACCACCCACCCACCCACACACAUCCCC